CCUUUCCCUGAGGACGUUGGUCAAUGUCCAAAGUUAUACAACGUAAACUCGUCAUUGUUGGCGAUGGCGCUUGCGGCAAAACGUCUUUGCUAACAGUUUUUGCCCAAGGCGACUUUCCACAGGGCCAUGUGCCAACAGUUUUUGAUAACAUGGUAAAAGAUUUUGAUGUCGACGGACAGCAUGUCGAACUAGCUUUGUAUGAUACUGCAGGUCAGGAGGACUAUGAUCGACUUCGCCCACUAUCAUACCCAGACACACAUGUUUUGUUGAUUACCUUUGCUAUUGAUUUGCCUGACUCUUUGGAAAAUAUCACAGAAAAGUGGCUGCCAGAAGUAUUGCAACACUGUCCUGGGGUGCCUUACUUAUUGGUUGCGUGCAAAAAGGAUUUGCGCGAAGACAGUCGUACGGUCCAACAACUUGCUAGGUCAUCCUUGGCACCGAUCAGCUAUGAACAAGGACUGAACAUGAGCCAGAAGAUUGGUGCAGCCGACUAUAUUGAAUGCUCUGCCAAAUCGGGUGAUGCGGUCGAGGAUGUCUUUGCUGCAGCAGUCCGUGCCACAAAUCAAAAGCAUAAGAAAAAGCAGGAUAAGUGCGUUGUCAUGUAA